AUGCAUGUCAUACAUCCCCGUGCCAUACAAGCGGGGACUGUGCCGCCACACAUCCAGGUUACGAAACUCUUCUGGUCGGAGCAUGUUGAACAAAUCAAGUUGGAAUUCGAAAAUGUCAAGGCACUUGGAUCUGCUGCUGCCGAAGAGUGGAUAAAAGGUCUAGAGAUCCGAGGAAAGCAGGCUCUAGCUGAUGCCUCUCGUUGGGAAAAAUGGGCUAGUACAGGUGGGAUGGCUCAGUUUCAAGCACCAAAGACCGCUGCCAAAGCAGAAGCUCCAUUAUCAUUUACGCCUCUAGCUCUUUCAGCACCCAUCGGUAAGGCUUCAUCAAAUCCCGCUCAAUCAAUAGGCGAGCAUUAUCGCCAAGCACCUAUUGCCGGUGACGGCCGUGGAUCAAUAGUGCCAUCGGAGGCUAAUCUCCGUCCCUUGCGCACUUCAGUUCAGCAAAAACGGACGAAGGAGGAGGCAGCUCACCUUAAGGCUCAAAGGCGGACCGACAUUGAGAAUCGAGCCAUGCUACUUGAUCCUCCGUUGACUGCAAAUGUUCUGGCUCAUAUUCCAUCCUUUCAGGCAGCACUUCAAAUCAUCACGCCGCUUGAUGAUCACGCAUGGGAACUCUUAAAGCCCCGUCUUCUCGCUCAGAGGGUAGAAGCGGAGCUGCGAGAGAAGCAAAGUUAUAGCAACCCCAAAAAGCUUGAAGACAAGCUUCCAACAACGGAGGCUGAUGAAAAGCCCGCUAGGGAACCAAGAGAAGUUACAGACCAGGAAUGGGAUGAUAUUCAGGGGCCUGUUCGAGCGCGCAUAUCGGAAUAUGCAGACGAAAUCAUCGAAGGAUGGAACAACGGCGCCAAGGUUAAGAGAAAGAACUGUCCGCAAUAUGCCGCCGAUGUGCUGCUGUACGUUCGUAAGAGGUUCUAUGCCGAAGUCACAAAGGACACUGCUGCCACAAUCGCGGCAGGGAAGAAGCCGAUUGUCGAACCCCCCGAGGGGCCCUGGACUCAACGGUUGACAUUGGAGAACAUGAAGUGGGUCUUUGAUGUCAAAAUCAAACCACGCACUGAGCCUAUGCGCAAGGAGUUGUUUCUUUGUAACAGCUGUCUCGGUGUGAAUGGAGUCUUGAAAUUCUUUGGGUUCGAGGGUGUACUUCAACACUAUGCAGCCAAGCACACAGUUGCUCUCAGUCUGGGAAACAUUGUCGUGCACUGGAGAGCGGAGUGGCCAGAAGUGCCUCCUUUUAGUCCUGACCCUCUCACCAAAGAGAAAGCCUAUCAUGGCAAUGAGCCACGGAGCGCACUCGCGUCAAAUGCGCCAAUUCAACAAAGCUAUUCUGCCUUUCAACCUGAUACACCAGCAGGAUAUCCUCUGCCUGGUUACGGCGCAGAAGCACCGCAAUUCUCGUUGUACCAUUCCAGGCCUCCAAUCCUUCCUAUAUCUGCAUAUGGGCAAAGCUCAGCCCAUACGUACAGUCCAUCUUACUCAACAACAACAUAUUACGACCCUGCAACAUAUUCUUCGUACCCAGGACCAUUUUCUUCGGGGAUGGCACAUAUCUCUCAAAGACAAUCAAACAGCUACACAAGACCUCAAGUUCCUAACCCUUCCGACAAUGCAUCAUAUCUCAACUACUACGAUAGCAAUAGCAUCGCCUCAGUCAACAGCACUCGUCAACACCAACACGAAAAAUUCGUCAGGGGCACACAAUCUGUCUGGUCAAAGGUUGGGCAUCAUAAGAAGAUCCCACCUGCCGUCAGGGCUUACGUCGCCAUUUAUCAUGCUAACAAAGUGUUCGAGGAGUCUGAGAGUGAGAGCCUACCGUUGUCGCUGUUCAUUGAAGCUACAUCGAAAAACAAGAAAUUACGCAGUCUGAGGGCUCUCAAUGGAGUUUCUUGCAAGGUGUGCAACGACGGCAACAUCUUCCACGUACCUCAACUCGCCAGACAUUUCGAAAUAGAGCAUGUCGAAAAGCCCCGGAGUCAAGGACGAGCACAUAUGGAUUGGCGAACAGAAAUGAUAAAAAUGCCUGAGAACGAGCGAAUGGCUGGACUGGAAAUCAAGACUCGGGGAGACUCUGUCUUGUACACUCUUGUCAAGGAGGCUCUUCCCUGGGCAUUCGAACAAGCCUUCAUAGACAAAUAUGCUUUGAAGCCUGUCCAAACAACACCCAAUAACACUCCACCUCCGCAAGUGUCAGUGCAGACGCCAGCUCAGAUCUUCACGGCUUUGUCAAACGACCGGUCAAGGGAAGAACGCCAGCAAAGUGAUGUCGGGCAUGUGAUAGAACAAGCACAGCAGUCAGGUUAUGCGGAUCUGGGAAGUCAGUCUCUGGCAUCAAGUCGACUGGAUCUGCGCUUUUCCUCACAUAUCGAGUCUGAGCCAGACAUACCACAUCUUCGUCCUGCAAGCGAGGUUUAUGUUCGAAAGAUGGUAGGGGCUAGAAAGAAACAGUCGAAGCCUGGAUCCCAAGCCGCCGAUAGUGCUUCAACGUUUGGCAACUACUCACCACCGUACUUCGAAAAGCCUCAAGAUUCAUGUAGCCAAAGCAACAAGGUUGACGCCGGAGUCGAGACUGGGCAGGGAGUCACCACCUAUCAUGUUUCAUAUCCCACAGGGCCGCGGAACAAGGCUCAUUGGCGCGAAGAAAAAUCAUCCGAUUACCGUGACGUCCGAGAACAGCGUUAUUCAGGCCCAGAACCAGCUAGUCCUCGGAACAGAAGCGCCUCGGUUGGCGACCGGCCUCAAGACCAUCCCCCCUUAGUGGCCAUCUCGACCGCUGCAGCACCUAGCUACGCGGAGGUCGAAAGAGGGGGGCGUGAAGAACCUCAUGUGGCCCAUAACCCCCAUAUGGUUGAAGAGGAGGAGGUCGUAUACGUUGAUGAAUCCGGACGGGAGAUUGGAAGAGGUCUCAGAGCCCGAUAUACCCUUCCACAGGAAUCCAGAUAUGGCCCGGUCAACACUGAAAGGUUUGGCGAACAUGCCCGACCCUCACCCUCAUGGUCUAACAACCAUAGUCAAUUCUAUCAUAGAGAACCUAUCCCGCGGUCUCAAUAUGCAACACAAGAGCACCACUUCGAUUCUCCAGCUGGUUCCGAUCAUUUCUAUCAUACUUGUCACAGUGCUCGCCCUCCACUAGAGCUUUCAGACGCAUACGAAGUCGUUGAGACUCAUCAUCCGGACGGUAACUACUUCAUCAGGCGCCCUGCACGGCAGGCUGGUAGGUCAUACCAUGCCUAUGAGACUAGACAGCCACGACCAGAGCAGAGCAUGUUCCCUCAACGAGAGAUAGCUCAAGGCUCUUCGGGUUACAACUUGAGUUAUGAGGCAGAUCCGCAUAUUCAGAGUCGACCUACUCUUAUGACUAAUUAUAACAAUAACAACCCACGAUAUCCGUCUGGCGUAGCAAGGGGGACACCAGCGGACCAUGGGAGCCAGCGAUGA